GGACUGGUCAUGAGUGCUGCGUGUGUGGGCAAUCUGUUUGCCAGCAUCGAUCACAAGUCGUGCUGCUGCCUCAACGAGGACGACGCGGCACCGCUGGCCAACGUGCUGACGGUCGAGCCGACCGAUGCUGUGCUGCGGUCAGACUGCGAUGAGCAGCUGCUGAUCACGGUGGCGUUUACCAGCAAGGUCAAGCUCCAUUCGAUUGUGAUGGCAUCAGGCGCGGCCAAUGCGCCGUCGCACGUCAAGAUCUUUGUCAACAUGCCCUCGCUGAGCUUCGACGACGCAGAGGACGCCGAGCCGGUGCAGGAGCUGGAUCUCGACGCCAAGGCUGUCGCCGCCGGGGACGCCAUCCCUCUCGAGUUUGUGCGGUUCCAGAACGUGCGGAGCCUGACGCUGUUCAUCGACGCCAACGCUGCAGACGACGACGUGACGGAGCUCUCGCACCUCGGCUUUAUCGGGAGCUCGACCGACGGCAUGGACAUGAGCGAGCUCAAGGCGGUCGGCUGAGGCUCGUAGACAGGGCGAGUGGCCGAGCAGCUACUCGCUGUGUCGGCCCCCCUGUCGCAGGAUCCGCAACCCCCCCC